GUGUGGGACCUGCAAUUAACUGAAAUUUAUUUGAAAAGAAAAAUAAAUAAAAACAAUGUUAAAAACCGUGCGGAACGUCGCGGCGAUCCCACAACUGACGCGUCAGUAUACAGCAAAGGCCAAACGCAGCGUUUUGUUACAGGACACAAAAAAAAUCAAAGACUAUGAACCCAAGUUGUCGAAGAAAGCGGGACAUCGCGUGUAUGUGUGGGGCUUUCAAGAAACCGGUGCACUGGGACUGCAGACCGAUGUCAAAAAGGCCAAGGAACGGUACACGGAAAUGGUUCAUCAUCCGACCAGACUUCAGUUCUCAGAUAACACAGAUAUAAGCGAUGUGGCCACGGGGUAUGGCUUUACAGCGUACGCAGUGCAACGUUCAGACGGCGAGACGCUGUUCGGCUGUGGUCUGAACACAGAUUCUCAGCUGGGCUUUCAAGUGAAAGGCAAUCCCAAAGAUCCCGCCAAUCUGGAUGUCAUCAUAUAUCCUACAGCCAUACGUUUGCCGCGUGAGAAUGGCGAAACUGACGACGAUAUGCAGGUUCUCAGCAUGUCAGCUGGACGGGCACAUCUCGUUGUAGUCACCCGUAAUGGCACGGUCUUUACUUUAGGCAACAAUUCCUAUGGUCAGUGCGGCCGAUCGAUUAUCGAUGAGGAGCGCUACAGUGGCAGUGCGCUGGUACACAGAAUUUCACAGGCGGACAUUUGCGGCGAGGACGAUGAAAUUGUGAGCGUCGAAUGCGGUCAGGACCAUACCAUGUUCCUAACGAAGCUGGGACGCGUCUAUACCUGUGGCUGGGGCGCUGAUGGCCAGACGGGUCAGGGCAACUAUCACACAGCGGGAAAAAUAACCCGCAUAGCUGGCGAUAUAGAAAAGGAGCGCAUUGUGCAUUUGGCAUGCGCUUCGGAUUGUGUUUUGGCCUUAAAUGAGGGUGGCGAUGUCUUUGGUUGGGGAAAUUCGGAGUAUGGACAGCUGGAUGAUUCGGAAAACGCCCAAACCCAAAUAAAUACGCCACGUGCUUUGACGCUGACAAAAGGCAUUGGGAAAAUCAAGAGUGUGGCAGCCGGUGGAUCCUUUUGCAUGGCUCUAAAUACUGAAGGAUUAGUUUAUACCUGGGGCUAUGGGAUUCUUGGCUUUGGUCCGUUUGUGGAGCAGACAUCAAAGCCACAGCAUCUGCUGCCACCCCUUUUCGGACGCAACGACUUCAGCAAUGCCACGACAGUUGUUUCCAUUGGGUGUGGCGUCUUCCAUAUGGGCGCUGUAAACUCCGAUGGUGAUCUAUUUAUGUGGGGCAAGAAUCGAUUCGGGCAUCUGGGAUUAGGACAUAAAAAGGACCAGUUCUUCCCCUUCAAGACGGCUAUUAAUGGGAAGGCGAUUAAAGUAUCUUACGGUGUGGAUCACACAGUGGCCCUCUGCAGGCCAUACAUAUAGUUUAUAAUCCAUUGAUAAUACGAAUGUUUGUUCUCCAUAAUAAUUAAUAAAUGUUGCACUUGUUUUAAGAUCACAAA